AAAACGUUGGGUAGUAGACGAUUAAUAACUUGACGUGUCACUUUUUCAGCAAAAGUAGAAUUUUGCACAUAUUCCAAUAGUUUUUAUAAUUUUACCAAGUAUUAAGUAUUUUAGUGGAAUCACCUGUGACUUCAAAAGUUACUAUACUUAAUUGCUACAUGAAACCAAUAUUUUGGAACUUUAAGUAGUUAUAUUUACGAUAAAAUCAAAAACACACGACAGCUCAGCAAGUAACACAAGAGUAGUGAAUCCUACCCAUCAAAGCUUCGAAAAGUUCGGAACGAUUGAUAUAUUCUAAGAUGCUGACCAACUUUGAAUCAAAGUCAGCACGUGUUAAGGGUUUAUCCUUCCACCCAAAACGACCAUGGAUUCUUGCCAGUUUGCACACUGGUGUAAUUCAACUUUGGGAUUACCGCAUGCACACAUUGCUUGAAAAAUUCGAUGAGCAUGAUGGACCGGUUCGAAGUGUCGCCUUCCAUCAACAAAUGCCACUCUUUGUAUCCGGAGGUGAUGAUUACAAAAUUAAAGUAUGGAAUUACAAGCAACGUCGCUGCAUUUUCACUCUCUUGGCUCAUUUGGACUACGUACGUACGGUUGCAUUCCAUCAUGAAUAUCCAUGGAUUUUAAGUUCGUCAGAUGAUCAAACGAUUCGCAUUUGGAAUUGGCAAUCCAGGAAUUGCAUUUGUGUGCUUACUGGACAUAAUCAUUAUGUUAUGAGUGCUCAGUUUCAUCCGACAGAAGAUCAAAUAGUUUCCGCAUCUUUGGAUCAAACUGUAAGAGUGUGGGAUAUUUCCGGGCUACGUAAGAAAAAUGUUGCACCUGGACCCGGUGGAUUGGAAGACCAUUUGAAGGGUCAUCCUGGUGCAACUGAUCUGUUCGGACAAGCUGACGCAGUUGUUAAACAUGUGCUCGAGGGACACGACCGUGGCGUAAACUGGGCAAGUUUCCAUCCCACUUUACCACUCAUUGUGUCAGGCGCUGACGAUCGCCUUGUCAAGUUGUGGCGUAUGAACGAAUAUAAAGCUUGGGAAGUCGACACAUGCCGAGGUCACUACAACAAUGUUUCGUGUGUAUUGUUCCAUCCUAGGCAAGACGUAAUACUUUCGAACGGAGAAGAUCGUAGCAUUCGAGUAUGGGAUAUGACAAAGCGGCAAUGCUUGUACACUUUCCGACGUGACGGUGAACGCUUUUGGAUUCUCACUGCUCAUCCCACAUUAAAUCUGUUUGCUGCUGGCCAUGAUGGCGGCAUGUUGGUAUUCAAAUUGGAACGUGAACGUCCAGCCUACGCCGUUCAUGGUAACUUACUUUAUUAUGUGAAGGACCGUUUCCUGCGCAAACUUGAUUUCACAACCACCAAAGACACCGUUGUAAUGCAAUUACGUGGGGGUGCUAAAUCACCAGUACACAGCAUGUCUUAUAACCCUGCACUGAAUGCCGUGCUCAUUUGCACACGCACCAACAAUCUUGAAAAUAGCACCUACGAUUUAUAUCAAAUACCUAAAGAUUCUGAAUCUCAGAAUGAGACCGAAUCAAAACGUUCAUCUGGCAUCACCGCUAUUUGGGUAGCGCGCAAUCGUUUCGCUGUACUCGAUCGCAAUCAACAGUUGGUAAUUAAGAACUUCAAAAAUGAAGUUACUAAAAAAAUCCCAACUUUCUGUGAAGAGAUAUUUUACGCUGGUACAGGCAUGUUAUUGAUACGUGACCCGGAAUAUGUUACGCUCUAUGAAGUACAACGCUUAGUAUCUGUUGGCUGCAUAAAAUUGGCUAAGUGUCGUUAUGUUGUGUGGUCAGCUGACAUGUCAUUGGUUGCGUUGCUCUGCAAACACUCUGUGACUAUUUGCGACCGUCGUUUGCAAUAUUUGUGCACAAUUCAGGAGAAUUGUCGCGUCAAGUCUGGCGCUUGGGAUGAUUCGGGUGUAUUUAUUUACACCACAAGCAAUCACAUAAAAUACGCCAUUACCAACGGCGAUCAUGGUAUUAUUCGCACCCUCGACUUGCCUAUAUAUUUGACACGUGUUAAAGGCAAUCAGGUGUUCUGUCUGGAUCGCGAGUGCCGCACACGUGUACUACACAUCGAUUCAACAGAGUACAAAUUCAAGUUGGCGCUCAUUAAUCGUAAAUACGACGAAGUUUUGCAUAUGGUUCGCAAUGCACGACUAGUGGGUCAGAGCAUUAUUGCCUAUCUGCAGCAAAAGGGAUACCCCGAAGUUGCGCUACAUUUCGUAAAAGAUGAGAAAACACGUUUCGGGCUGGCUUUAGAAUGUGGUAAUAUCGAAAUCGCUUUGGAAGCUGCCAAAGCACUAGACGACAAAGACUGCUGGGAUCGUCUAGGUCAAGCUGCAUUGCUGCAGGGAAAUCAUCAAGUUGUCGAAAUGUGCUACCAACGCACAAAGAACUUUGAUAAGCUCAGCUUCCUUUAUCUAAUCACGGGUAAUCUAGAAAAGCUUAAGAAAAUGAAUAAGAUCGCUGAAAUCCGCAAGGAUGUGUCAGCUCAAUACCAGGGUGCCCUGCUGUUAGGCGAUGUUAAGGAACGCGUAAGCAUACUGAAAAAUUGUGGGCAACUAUCAUUGGCCUACCUUACGGCAGCAACUCACGGUUUGCAAGAACAAGCAGAGCAGUUGGAAAAUGUUAUCACACAGGAAGGCAAUGAGUUGCCUGUUGUCAAUCCAAAUGCAACAUUAUUACAGCCACCGGUGCCCAUACAGCAAGUAGAAAGCAACUGGCCAUUGUUGACCGUCUCAAAGGGCUUCUUUGAGGGUGCAAUGAUAACGCGCGCUGGUACCAGUGCUACAGCUAGGCAAGCGCUUAACGCCAAUGCCGACGCCGCUGUGUUGGAUGAUGUUGGCGCAGGUGACGGCUGGGGCGCUGACGCUGAUUUGGGUCUCGGCGACGAUGGCGAUGAUGAAAUGCAUGAUGCUUUAGAUGAACCUGGCACUGAGGGCGUGGGCGAUGAGGGCGCCGGCUGGGAUGUGGGCGAUGAUGAUUUGGUGGUACCCGAAGAACUUGCAUCGAAAAUUAAAGCCUCAGCUUUGGAUAACGGUUUUUAUGCUGCACCAAAUAAAGGACUUUCGGCCGCACAACAUUGGGCUAACCAUUCACCACUUGUAUUGGACCACGUUAAGUCUGGUUCAUUUGAAUCGGCAUUCCGCUUACUAAACGACCAAUUAGGUGUUAUUAACUUCAAGCCAUUCAAAACCCUCUUUCUGCAGAAUUACACAUGUGCACGCACCAGUUUUACAGCUAUGCCUAAUUUGCAGUCAUUAACCGCAUAUCCACUGCGUAACAGCGGCGAAACCAAUCCCAAGAAUCAACGUCCAGCUUUGGGUGUAAAACUAAAUGAUUUGGUUCAGCGUCUGCAGGCCGGUUACCAAUUAACUACAGGCGGCAAAUUUACCGAAGCUAUCGAGAAAUUCCAUUCCAUAUUGCUGCACAUCCCUCUGUUGGUGGUGGAAACAAAGCAAGAUAUUGCAGAAACUCAGCAAUUGUUGAAAAUCUGUUCUGAAUACAUACUCGGUUUAAAGAUGGAGACCGAACGUAAGGGUAUGCCAAAAUCUACAUUAGAGGAGCAGAAGCGACUUUGCGAAAUGGCGGCUUACUUUACGCACUGCAAACUACAACCUGUCCACCAGAUUCUUACGUUGCGCACAGCAUUAAAUAUGUUCUUUAAACUCAAGAACUAUAAGACCGCUGCAUCAUUUGCACGUCGAUUGCUUGAGCUGGGACCACGUCCGGAAGUGGCGCAACAAGUGCGCAAAAUAUUACAAGCAUGUGAAGUGAAUCCCGUUGAUGAACACCAAUUGCAAUAUGAAGAAUUCAAUCCGUUCAAUAUUUGUGGCAUAAGCUAUAAACCGCUGUAUCGCGGCAAGCCAGAAGUGACAUGUCCCUUCUGUAGUGCUGCUUUCGAUCCACAAUAUAAGGGCAACCUGUGCACAGUCUGCGAAGUGAGUCAAAUCGGCAAAGAUAGUAUUGGCUUACGCAUAUCGAAUUUGCAAUUUCGUUAAAUGUUAGCAGAAAGUUAUUUGUGAAUAGAUUGCUUAUAGUGGCUUUAAGCGGAAUGUCAAUUGCAGGCAAUCAAUUCAAUAAGUUUAGUUGAUAAUUUUACACAAAUCUAUAUUACGAAAAUGUGUUUUGCCGAUUAUAUUAUAUUAUGUGUCUAUCUAUGUAUGUAUCUCAUGUUAUCCCAAACAUGUCUUUCAAAUGGACAUAACCAUAAAAAAUGUUCAAUAAAAUUACGAAUAUUUGAAAAUAUAA